AUGUUAACAUUACUGUACAUCAAGAAAAAUGGAAGCCGUACAACACCUAAGGAGGAUAAGGGGAAAGCCAAGGAAACCACCAAAAUAGGCAAAGACUCCAAGUACCAAUUGGGAAAGAUCAAGCCAGAGAAACAAGCAGAAUCUUUAGAAGUCCUGAUAGACUCAGGUGCCACAUCCUCAUUCCUUCACCCACGCACCGCAGAAUUACUCUGCCUUCCACUCAUUGAUCUCCCCACACCUUGCACCGUAACUAUGCUUGAUGGGUCAAGCCCCCAGGCUGGCAAAAUCUGGAAGAAGACAAUACUAACCUUCACUUACAAUGGUAAAAAGAUGACAGAAACUUUCCUCAUCUGUAACACCGGUGAUCACUUGGCCAUCUUAGGCUUGAAAUGGUUGGAUGCUGACAAUCCAGAAAUUGACUGGAAUUCCCACACCCUAUCCUUUCUGCACAUGCCACCAGAACAUGUAGCCAUUGCCAAGGAAGAGGAAGCCAAUCAGAACCCUCUUGAAGGAGUAUUUGGAGAGGAAGAAUUCAAUAAACUUCCCCCACAUAGGCAUUACAACAUUGGCAUUGAACUUACAGAAGAAGGACCCCUCAAUUCCCCCCUAUACAGCAUGACCAAUGCCAAGUCUGCCACACUGAAGGAUUGGCUCAGGGAUGAGUUGAGAGCUGGAAAAAUUUGCCCCAGCAAGUCAUCUAUCAGCUCCCUGGUAAUGUUUGUACCAAAAAAAGAUGGUUCCUGCCGCUUGGUUGUUGACUACUGUUGCCUCAACAACCAGACAAAGAAAAAUGUUUACCUGCUACCCUGUCCAGAUGACCUUGUGGCCCAACUCCACAGCGCCAAGGUCUUCACUAAGUUAGAUCUACAAUGGGGUUACAACAACGUCCAAGUUAAAGAAGGUGACAAAUGGAAAACUGCCUUCUGCACCAAGUAUGGCCUGUACAAAUCCUUGGUCAUGACAUUUGGCUUAACCAAUGCUCCUGCUGCCUUCCAACACUUCAUGAACAAAUUGUUCAAGGAUCUCCUGGAUGUAUGCGUCAUCAUUUACCUUGAUGACAUCCUAAUCUACUCAAAGGAUGAUGCAACCCACACCCAGCAUGUUCACAAGGUCCUGCAAUGUUUAAAGGAAAACCAGCUGUUCUGUAAGGUGUCCAAGUGCACCUUCCAUGUUACCUUGGUGGAAUACUUGGGGAUCAUUGUAUCAGACAAGGGUUUCAGCCUGGAUAAGCUUAAAAUCCAGGCAGUCCAAGAAUGGCCAACGCCCACCAAGGUCAAGGAAGUCCAGUCCUUCCUUGGGUUUGCAAACUUCCUCUGUCAAUUUGUUGCCAACUUUAGUCACAUGGCCAGACCCCUGCACAACUUGGUAAAAAAGGAUACGCCGUGGAAAUGGGAUACUAAGGAGGAAGAGGCAUUCCAGGGGCUAAAAAAUGCUAUCACCAAUGCCCCAGUCCUUUGUCAUGCUGAUCCUUCAAAGCCUUACUUCCUGGAAACAGAUGCAUCUGGCACAGCCCUAGGGUCCAUCCUCAGUCAACAACAGGAAGACAGCCGCCUGCACCCACUUGGCUUUCUAUCUGAAUCAUUCAAAGGAGCUGAGCAGAACUAUGACACACACAACAAGGAGCUCCUAGCAAUCAUUUGCUCCUUUGAGUAUUGGCGCAUAUUCCUGGAAGGGAUGGAACAUUCAAUCACCGUAUUUACAGACCAUUGGAACCUUGAGUAUUGGAAAGAAUCCCAAACAUUCAACCAACAACACACACAGUGGCACUUACUCCUGGCCGGAUAUAACUUCCACAUUGUUUACCAACCAGGGAAGCAGUCCAGGAAACCCAAUGCUCUGUCAUGCUGCUCUGACCAUGCCAACAUCCCACCUGCCAACCAGACCAUGCUCCCUGAUCCUGUAUUUGCCAAUGUAGCCCUAGUUACACCUAAGAAGGAACUCCAACGCCAAAUUGAGGCCGCCCUAGACCAAGACAAAUCCCUGGAGGAAAUAAUACAAUUCCUCCAAAACAAAUCAAAGGCACCUCCAUCCAUCAAAUGCACAUUUAAGGACUAUCAAAUGGAAGCAGGACUUCUCUUCUACCAAGGGAGGAUUGUGGUUCUGAAUGUAGGAACCUUACAAACGGAGCUACUAAGGAUCUUCCAUGACAGCCCCUUGGCCAGCCACCUGGGUAGACAACACACACUAGAACUAGUCUCAAGGAACUACUACUGGCCCAGGAUCUGUGCUGACACAUACUGGCACGUGGACUCCUGCAAAACUUGUCAGCAGAUCAGGAAGCCCAAAUAUGCACCCAUCCCUCCUCAGCCACUAGAACUCCCUACUUGCCUGUGGCAACAUGUAUCCUAUGACAUGAUUGUAGAUCUGCCUAAAGACAGUAAUAGUGAUUCCAUCCUGGUCAUUGUAGAUAGCUUCACCAAGUAUGUCAUCCUGGUGGAAUGCUCCAAGAAGCUGAAGGCUCCUGAACUAGCGGAUCUAUUCCUACAACAUAUAUGGAAACGCUAUGGCAUGCCUGAAAAGACAAUCUCAGACCAAGGAAGGGUCUUCAAUAAUAAAUUCCUAAAAGCGCUGUACCAACAUUUGGGAAUAGACCCUGUCAGAGCCAACAACUACCACAGGGGCAUGACAGACCCUCACUUCUCCUUGGCCUAUCAUCUGCAAAGCAAUGGGCAGACAGAAUGUGUGAACCCCACAGUCAAACACUUUUUGCAAGCUUAUUCUGGGAUCAACCAGAAGGAUUGGGUAAAAUGGCUGCCAAUGGUGGAAUUUGCCUACAACAAUGCAGUUCACAGCUCCACAGGCAAAUCCCCCUUCAAGGCACUUUAUGGAUGGGAACCAGCCCUCACUCCUAGUAAUGUCCCAACCAAUGUGCCAGAAGCAGACAAACUAGCAACGCAAAUGGAAGCCCAAUGGCAGGAAAUAGAAGCAGCACUCUGGCAGUCAUGCAUGUCUUUGACUGCCGGAGAAUCAGGAGAACCAGUUGAAUUUGAAACUGGAGAAGAGGCCUGGCUAGAUGCCAAGAACAUAAAGCUGAAGACCCUGAGUCCUAAGCUAACCAAACAACGCCUAGGUCCCUUCAAAAUAACCAAGAAAAUCUCCAACUGCACAUACUGCCUGGAACUCCUGCCAUCAAUGAGGAUUCACAACUUGUUCUAUGUGGGACUAUUGUCUAAAGUCAAGGAGGACAAGAACUGCACCUUUGAGAACCAACCACCACCCGUUACCAUGGACAGAGAAGAAGAAUACAAGGUAGAAGGCAUAACGGAUGCAGAGGAAUGCAACAGGGAUUGGUUCUUCAGAGUCAAGUGGAAGGGUUAUGGAUCAGUGUCCUAG